UAUUGCAAGCGAUGGUCCUUUCUGUGACGAAAUUCCUGGAAAAACUCUCAUUGGAAAAAAUUUUACCGGAAACUAUGGGAAAGAAGCGAAAACUUCUCAAAAAACAGACUCAAUUCAAAAAUGGAUUUUUUUUUUUUUGAAAAUCAUAAAGAGAGUAAACAAAAAUAUUUGAUUAGAAAAGCAACAUAAACGAAUACUCAUUCCUUCUUGAAGAAUCGAUGAUGGAUGCCAUUAUCCUCUCUCUCUCGCGAUUUCUUUUUCUCUGUGCCUAGAAUAGAAAUUUCUCUUUCGCUUUUUUACAUUAUAAAUAAUUGGGGAAAUGUUGAGGCUUUGGAAAUGGUACCGUAAUUGCUUGGCGGUGCAUCCAGUUAAGACACAGGUGAUUAGCUCAGGCUUGAUUUGGGGGUUUGGCGAUAUAGCUGCCCAGUCCAUAACCAACUGCACCAAGAAACAGCAAUGUCAAGAGGAUACAGAAAAUGGAAGAUUAAAGAUUAAUUGGAAACGAGUGGCAACCACAAGCUUGUUUGGGUUCGGAUUUGUUGGACCAAUUGGCCACUUCUGGUACGAGGGUUUAGACAAAUUCAUAAGGUUGCGACUUGUAAUGCGGCCAAAUUCCUUGCAGUUUGUUGCUGCUAAAGUUGCAAUUGAUGGUUUUGUGUUUGGGCCACUGGAUCUACUUGUAUUUUUCACAUACAUGGGUUUUUCUGCUGGAAAAAGUGUUCCACAAAUAAAGGAAGAUCUGAAGAGGGAUUUUCUCCCGGCUCUGAUUGUGGAAGGAGGCAUAUGGCCAGUUGUUCAAGGUGUAAAUUUCCGCUUUGUACCUGUGAAAUAUCAGCUUCUGUAUGUUAACUUCUUCUGCUUGUUGGAUAGUUGCUUCUUGUCAUGGAUUGAGCAACAACAGGAUGCUCCUUGGAAGCAAUGGUUCAAAUCUUUUCAACCUUUGAAGGAUAAAAAAGCUGCAAUUCAUGAAAUUACUGAGGCUAUCUCAUGGAACCUUUUCAUUUAUUGUUCUCCAACCAACUCCCUUUUGGAUGCCGACAUCAUAGACUCUGUUCUUUCUGAAUCGGUAGCAACAGCAGGUUAAAAGGGUUACCUUGCUCAUUUGUGGUCGUAGCCAUGAUGAAUGUCGCACGCAAGCUGCAGCGCAAGCAACCAUGCUAGCCAUCUGAUUUGUAUUGUAAUUGUUCUCCAACCGUGGAUCAACAAAAGCUUUGAAAUUGCCAUGUCCUAUAGCUUCAGUAAGCAGAGGCCUUGCCUACAACAGCAAAAUCAAUAAUCCUAUAGUCAGAAAUAUUGCCCAAUCUGCUUAAUCUUAGUUCCAUAAAAAACUCUAUAUAAGCAAGAUCCUCUAUAUACGGUUAAUAAUUAGGACUCACCCAGUUAACCAAUGAUUCUUUCUUUGCAGGGAGACCAAUAGGCUGGGUCCGGUGAUGAGAGUUCUAGAAGCAUGAUCCCGUAUGAAUAAGCAUCUGAUUUCACUGAUACUUUGCCACUUGAUGCAUACUCUGUCGCCAAGUACCUGAAACCAGAAUGUCGCGUAGAAUCCAUUGGAAUUUCAUGUUUUCAUGUUUCAUAUAGAUGAAUAUUCAUUUGCUUCUAUGAAUUCAAUUUUCUGAAAUUUGAUAUCGACUUAACCAAAUUCUAUCAUUUAUAAAUGAAUUCAAUAUUUUGAUGA